CGAAUUAUAAGCACGGAUCACUAAAUCUGCUAGCUUAAGUAUAUAUAUUUAGUGGUUCAGUUUGACAGAAGAGUUGAUAUUUUACUCUCAAUAGAGAAUUUAAGCAAUAAAAUAAAAGACCAAAACUCCCAUUCAGCUUCAAAUAACUGCUGCAAUGUCGCCCUCAAUUCCAACUACUCAAGUAAGAUUACCAUCAAUAAGCGAGUUAACAGCUCAUUCUCCAAUAAAUGAUAUACCUUCACAAUUAUCUCCAAGAUUAAGAGCUGACUCGAGAAUAUUACCAACUUUUUCAACUUCUUCUUUCAGAUAUCCAUUAAAGGGUGGUGCGCCAUCGAAUUAUAUAUUAGGAAAUGGACCAGGUUCAUCUAUCCAAAAGCUACCAUCUCCUACUUUACCACCCCCAAUCACACCUCAAUCACAAUUAAUGGCCCAAGCACAACCACCCAAGCCUCAUCAACACUCUUCUGCAGGUUCUAGUCCUAACAACCAUUAUCAAUAUUAUUCUUAUCAAUCACAUCAAGGAGUAGCUGCUCACCAAAAGCCAAAUGUUUCUCCUCCAGCACCACAGCCACCACAACAUCAAGGACAACCAGCUCCAACAUAUUAUCCACAACAAGUCUAUUAUCACCAAGCAAAUGGUCCAGUGCCAAUGAAUCAUCAGUAUGCAGUUCCAGAGAUCAUCAACAAGCCUACAAAUAAAUGCCAUAGAUGUGGAACUACAGAGACACCAGAAUGGAGAAGAGGACCCAAAGGGGUAAGGACCCUCUGUAAUGCCUGUGGGUUGUUCCAUGCUAAGUUGGUAAAGAGAAAGGGCGCAGCUUUGGCAGCUGAAGAAGUUUUGAACAAUAAGGUUUGCAAAGGAAAGAAUGGAAGAAGAAUUAGUAUAAAGAAACACAUGUUAAAUGAAAGUUUAAAAAAUUCUGGAGCUUUAAAGAGUAGCGAAUAUCAUCCUGGAGUAAUACCAGCAGGCUCAACUAUCUCUCAUGGCCAGACAGGAGCACCAUUGUCUGCACCACCAGCUCAUGGAAUUACUGCUUUGGUACCAGUGAGCUCAUUGCCUUUGCCACCUCCAAUUUCAAGUCAUUAUCUUGCUGCUGGACCUCAUUAUACUGCUACACCUUUGGCUCAUAUUGCAUCUUCAAAUCACUAUCCUACUCAUUUAUCAAUGCCUUUAAUUCGUCAUUAAAAACUACAACAAUUUAAUUCUUUAAUCCUUUUCAUUGUCAUAUAUUGCUUUGCAUGCAUUUUGUUUUCAAUUCAUCGACAUAUCGUUAUUAUUGUUUUUGGUGUUCCUAUAUUUGUUUGAUUGUUUUUAUAACUAUUUUAUUGUUCUUAUAUUAUCCUAAUUAUAGCUAGUGUUUGCUUAUUUUACUAAUCAUAAAUACUUAUCGCAUAAGAUUGCUAUAGUUACCACUGGUCUACUUAAAAUUUUACGUUUACUUAUUUAUUCAUAUUUCUCGUUAAUUUAAUGCUAUUAUUCUUUCAUUGUAUAAUAUUUGUAGCAGUUAUUCACAUUAGAAUAUAUA